AUGUCUCUAGUUAUAGUGGGUAUUGGUGGCCCCUCCUCAUCUGGAAAAACCACUGUUGCUAGAGCUCUUUAUCUGCUUCUUCCUAAGGCGACCCUCAUACACCUAGACGAUUUUUACUACCCGGACGAUCAGAUUCCAAAUGACCACACCCACAAUGUUGCUAACUGGGACUGUCCUGAGGCUAUAGAGUGGGAGAAGUUCAGCAAUUACAUCAAAGAGCUUCGGAAAAGCGAUGGCGCCAACCUUCCGGUGAAAAGCUUAGAAAUGGAUACGCCAUUGAGGUUGGACGAGAAGGAUGUGGCUGAGUUGAAGCCUGCAGUGGAUGUCUUUCUCGAGCUGAUAAGCGGAAAACGCUUGAUCUUUGUGGAAGGGUUCAUGUUAUUCCAUGACGAGGCAAUUCUGCUGUUGUUUGACAAGAAAUUGUUCUUUCAUGGCCCCCACGAUGUCUUGAAAGAUAGAAGAGAGUCUAGGCCUGGGUAUCAGACAGUCGACGGGUUCUGGGAGGAUCCUCCAAAUUACUUCGACAACAUCGUCUGGCCCGAGUACAAGAGAACACACAAGCAUUUAUUUGAGAAUGAGGAUGUCGAAACGAAGCUUACUGAGCAGUCGAAACUGCUUGGAAUCGCCGACUUCAACAACGAUGGUACCUCCAAUCUCUUGCAAAUGACUCGCUGGGCCCUACAGCAAAUGUCCCUCUAG